UCUCUCUCUCUCUCUCUCAUUCAGUCAUCAAUAACAUCAACAGUACCAAACUACCAUCAUCCCUGAACAAAGCCAUUCUCUCAUCCUCUCCAUCAUCAUCGUCAUCAAUGAAUCAUCUUCUUCUUCUUCUCCAUCUUCUUCUCCUCUCUUCAUCCUUGAACUUACCUCCAUCUUCCUCUCAGAACACCACAACAACACCAUGUCCACUGAACUUCACAGUCCUUAACAAAUUCAUACAAGAAGCUGAAUCAUCCCCUUCCUCCAUCCCCACUGAAACCUCCGCCAUCUGCACCUACUCUCUCCAUGGCCUCCACCUCGUCGAAGCCGAGUACCUUCUCACCAAUUCCCGCUUCAUACCUCCUCCUUCCUCUUCCCUCUCCUGCUGGUCCUCCUACACUUCCCUCAUCUCCCCUCUCCUCCCCUCUUCCUUCAAUCUCACCUCUUCUUGUGGCUUUCUCCCUCAAUGGAUCUCUACCCCUUCUUGCAUGAACAUAUCCACUCUCUCCGAUUUUGAGUCCCAUGUCAACACCUCUCGUCUCCAGGAUCACUCCUCCAAAUGCAACCAAUCCCUUGUUCCCACCCCCUCCUGCACCGCCUGCACCGCUAGUGUCGCCGCCGUCCAAGGCACCUACUUUCCCGGCUCCUCCUCCGACACUGGCAACAUCACCACCUGCUCCGACCUCGUUACUAUCUACACCGCAGCCAUCAUCAACCGCUUCGGUCCCACCGACGAUGGCACCGUCUCCUGCCUUUUUCAACUCAGCUCCACCAUCUUCUCCACUUCUUCUUCAUCCUCUUCUAAUUCUUGGAUCUACGGCGUCGCUGCUGCUUGCCUCGUCUUGCUCCUCCUUUUCGUACUCGGGGUUUGGUUCUUUUUCCGCCGGCGCCGGCGCCAGCGGCGUCGCCGCCGACGUAAAGAUUUUGUCGGUCCUGGCGGGAGGAGUCUCGCUCUUGAAUCCAUUGAAUCGAGCACAACUUUGAUCAAAUUCAAGUUCGAUGAAAUUAGGGCUGCGACCAAAAAUUUCUCCAGAGAUUACAUCAUCGGUCGAGGCGGCUACGGCAAUGUCUACAAAGGCAUCCUCGCCGACGGCUCUGACGUGGCUUUGAAGAGAUUCAAGAACUGCUCGGCCGCCGGCGACGAGAGCUUCGCCCACGAAGUCGAAGUCAUUGCGAGCGUUCGCCAUGUGAAUCUUGUCGCCUUGAGAGGCUACUGCAUUGCAACAACUCCCAGAGAAGGACAUCAGAGGAUCAUAGUCUGUGAUUUGAUGAAAAAUGGCAGCUUGCAUGAUCAUCUCUUCAGCAGAACAGCUGAGAGAUUGAGCUGGCCUUUGCGGCAGAGGAUUGCCGUUGGCACUGCUAGAGGUUUGUCUUACUUGCAUUCCGGCGCACAGCCGAGCAUUAUACAUAGAGAUAUAAAAGCUAGCAAUAUAUUGCUUGAUUUAAACUUCGAACCAAAGGUGGCUGAUUUCGGAUUGGCAAAGUUUGCGCCUGAGGGAAUGUCGCAUGUAAGCACUAGAGUGGCCGGUACUCUCGGCUAUGUCGCGCCGGAGUACGCUUUGUAUGGUCAAUUGACGGAGAAGAGUGAUGUUUAUAGUUUUGGUGUUGUGUUACUUGAAUUACUGAGUGGUAGGAAAGCAUUUGUGGACAAUGGUGAAGGGGAGAAAUCAUUAGUGACUGAUUGGGCUUGGUCUUUGGUUAGGAAUGGAAGAACAUUGGAUGUUAUUGAGGAUGGAAUAAAUGAGCCAGGGCCGGAUGAGGUUAUGGAGAAGUUUGUUCUUGUUGCUGUUCUUGCUUCUCAUCCUCAAUUGCAUGCUAGACCAACCAUGGAUCAGGUUGUGAAGAUUUUGGAGAGUGUUGAUGUUGCUGUGCCUAGUAUACCUGAUAGGCCAAUUUCGCUUAUUGCUAAUUUAGAUGAUAUCGAGAGAUCGGUGAGUAGUAGUGGGUCUGGUCAGUUGUCAAGUUUUGCUGGUUAUCAGGCUUUCUUGUCCGGGGAUAGUAAUGCUCAGAAUGUGGAUGCUGGUGAUGGUAGUGAUGAUUCUGAUGAUCAAACGCUGGUUUGAUUCUCUUUGGUAUGUGGUGUUUUAUUUAUGUCUUGCUUGCUUCUCUUUCUUGAUGGAUUAUACAAACAAGAUUGAAUUUUGUUUUC